AUGGAGGACUCGUGGGAUGCGGAUAAUAUUGAUGCAAAAUUAGAAAUGACCUUACGCUCAAAUAAAUGGGAAGGUGAAGAUGAAGAAGAAGAAGUUAAGGAUAGUUGGGAAGAUGCUGAUGAGGAAGAAGAAAAAAAAGAUGUAGAAAAACCAGCAGAAGCACCAAAACCUAAAGCCAAACCGAAGAAAAAAGUAGCUGAAAAAAUUGAAGAGCGAGAGAGAAAAGCUCGCGAGGAAGCUGAAAAGAAAGCUAAAGAGAAGGAAGAAGCAAUGACACCUGAGGAAAGGAGAGCUGAGCAAUUAAGACGACAAAAAAUGGCUGAGGAAGCUGAUCUACGACUGGCGAUGGAAACUUUUGGCGUCUCACCUAAUGAAGUACUGAUACCAGACACUAAAGAAGAAUUUGAACAGUACGCUGAAUCAAUGCUACAACAAAUCAAUCUCUACAAGUCACAUGCUGAAUAUCCUACAUUUGCUGAGGACUUAAUAAGUCGUAUAGCUGUUAAUUUACCAUCAAUUAGUUUAAAGAAACUUGGUACAUCAAUCAACAAUUUAGCCAUUGAAAAACAAAAAUUAGAAAAAGGUGAUAAAGGAAAGAAGAAUAAAGGUAAAGGAAAAGCUAAGUUAAAAUUGGAAGGAGAUAACACCCAUCUCAAUGAGUACGACAGUUAUACUUACGAUGAUAAUUACGACGAUUUUAUGUAG